CUGAAAACUACAUUUACCAUAUAUAGGCUAUUUGAACGUCAGAUUUAAUCCACAAUAUCCUCCUGGAGUAAACACUUUGUUUGUUUUAUUUUGAAAUGUACCGGAAGUCAAGAGUUUUGUACGAUGUCUCUUUGCAUCUGAGCAGUGAGGAUUGUUGAGCGCCACAGUCAGCAGGGACCCACGCUGUUUUAUUAUCAUGGCUCUGUUUAAACAUUGGAGACGCGUGUCUUCGCUCAACUAAAACUCAGCCCGUAUUUUAAAAUCUGUACUUGUUAGUUUGGGAAUAAACGAGACUCGCUGCCAGCGAACAUAUUGUUUGCCGACUGUCUGGCAUCAAUUUGGGAUUAAAAUGGUCAUCAAGGUUUACGUCGCCUCUUCAACUGGCUCUGUUGCGGUAAAGAAGCAUCAGCAGGCAGUGGUAGGUUUCCUGGAGGCCAAUCGAAUUAGCUUCCAGGAAGUAGACAUUACCAUGCUGGAGGAGCAGAGGCUCUGGAUGUAUCGUAACAUCCCCAGAGACAAGCAGCCGGAGAAAGGCAACCCGCUGCCUCCACAGAUCUUCAACGAGGAUCGCUACUGUGGGGACUAUGAAGACUUCUUCCAGUCAAAGGAGGACAACACUGUGUUUGCAUUCCUUGGGCUCAGUUCCCAACCCUCAGUGAAAGUAAGGGAGAGUAUGUAGGCUGUGUGACACAUAAACACUAAUGGAUGAAUUCACACAUCAACAACAACUGGUAUAAACCAGUGACAGUGACAACAUCUUCAAACACUGUACCAUCUCGCCACAAUGCUGGAUCAGCAGCUCUUGUUUCUGCCACUCAUGCUUUUGAUUCAUAACUUAUUGGUAUUUCAUGCACAUCCGUUUUCCUUACUAGAUAACAAAGAAAGUCAGUUUAAGUCCCAUAUAUUUGUAGAUCCAGCGGGCUUGUCUCCUCCAUUCAAUCUGUUUUUACAAAUAUCAAGAUUUAUCUGCUGUAUCCUCUUAGAAUUUAGAUAAUCAUAGCUCCUACAUCCAGGACUGGACUGGGGCAAAAAAUUGGCCCUGGCAUUUUUGGCCGAGGCGGCUAACCAGAAUUUGUUGGACACCCCUCACCAAUACACCAUCCUUCCAUUUAGGGGGUCAGAUUAAGGGCGACGUGACAUUGCACAAGAUUGGUGUCCAUGACAACAAGAAAAGAAUAUGUUUUAAUACAGAUACUAUUUAAAAAAAAAUAUUAUAUUUCUAAUCGAAAUAUUGAAUAGGGGGGUCUGGGGGUUCUCCCCCCGAAGAUUUUGAUCUUUAAACACUUAAUUUCCUGCAUUCUGGAGACAUUUUCUGCACCAAUUUGUUUUGUAAAUGUCUUUUUACAAUGUAAAAAUAUAAUAAAAUAUAAUGCAGUCAUCGGUAGCUU